AUGGAUCCGUCUAGGGCGGUACUUUUGAAGGGUGGCUACCGGGCUGAUCUUAGGAGAGCGAAGGUUUCAAGCAGCGGGUUUAUAUUGAACCGGCUGGAUUUGCAAAUGGAGCUGGAUUUGGUGGUCGAAUUUGAAGUUGCUGCGCCAAUGUUUCCACCAAAGACCCAACCUAGCCGAGAAGGUUUGACUUGGAUGGAAUUCACUGCUGCGCCCUUAUCGGCUGCUACGGAGAUGAGCGAUGAUAGCGCUACGUACUUUGGACGCUGCGAACAGGCAAGGCGUGCUCCCUCCCGAGAAAUACUGUCUCUGGUGGUCGAUGAACUUGUGAUUCGGAGUUGCCACCGAUUGCGUCGGCGUGCUUUGAAGAGCACAAGGGAUCGUUGCUACCAUCGCUCAGACAGUAGGUUUGAGUCCGGACAAACACAAGUAGGUGCUCCCGCAGCGAACGACGAAGAUAAAGUGGGCUUCAUUGUGCAGUUUGUAUGGAGCUCGGCAUACGUGGAGGAAGUGAUCGCGUUUGCCGCUGUCAAUGAUGAUGAUAACGAUGAUGGGGAUGAUGAUGCAAAGAUUACAAACGGCUUCUCGAGCGAAGCACUUUGA